AUGCUAGCCGAUAUCCAGAACAACGAAUAUUUGGAAUACGGUACACACGAGGAAAGUAUGUAUGGGACAAAGCUUGAUACCAUAAGGAAUAUUCAUAAAAGUGGUAAAGUGGCUAUUCUGGACGUCGAACCGCAAGCGCUGAAGGUUCUAAGGACGGCUGAGUACUCACCUUUUGUGGUCUUCAUAGCCGCGCCGAAUCUCCAAGGUCUUCAAGAUCCCGAUGGGAGUCUGGAAAGGCUUUUGCGGGAAUCCGAAAUAUUACGGCAAGCCUUCGGACACUUGUUUGACUACGUCCUUGUAAAUAACGACAUCGAUGAGACGAUCGCCCAACUGGAAAACAUUGCUGAAAAAUUGCCAGCUUGUCCUCAAUGGUUACCGGUUUCAUGGGUGUAUUGA